UAAAGCGCAUUACUCGCAACCCUCUUCAAAGAGGUUCGGUCAUUUACCGAUUAGGCUCUCUGAGUGAUUGUGAAUUCUCGUUGUCGCGUUAUCACCUACGAAGAGACUAAUCAAAUUUACGUAUUAUUUACGCGUUUUAUCAUUUCGGCUAGGCGAGGCACUUUCUCAAAUUUUUCGUCAUGAGGGCUUGUUCAUUCUGGCUCGCAAUCCUCUUUUUUCCUUUGAUUAUUACGACGACACGUUAGUUCGAAAUACUGGUAAAUACAGUGCCACCGCUGGUUCACGCUGAGCUCGGACAUCCGAAGGAGAAAUAAACUUGCAAUCCCAACGGGGAGGGGAAACAAACUAAUAAAAGAAUUGCGGUGCGUACCAACUGAAAUAGGGAUGAAAAUUGUAUCAGCACAAUGCAGCGUUCGAACGAGACACUCUCGAGCCUGAAAUCCACCGUUUUUUAUCUUCAAUGUGGAGUGCCGAUUGUUCGAAUCCAAUGAAUAACAGAAUUGGUAAAGAGACAAACUGAUUCGGAGACGAUCGUGGCUUUGAACAGUUUUAGAUAUCGUUCCAUGGUAAUCGCAUCAAAACGUUUUAAACUCCUGUUCAAUGGAACCUCGCAAGACUUUACUUGCUGUGUAUCGCAACCGUUAACUAUUCGCCAUCUCCUUUCGGCGCAUUUUCUUUACCACCUUCUUUCGUCUGGUCGAGCUUACAGACUCGUACCGAUAAUUUUAACGAGAAGUCGUCACAGCAAUGAUAAACAAUCAAAGUGUCUCGUUCCACUCGAAUUCACGUAUUUGAAGUAGUCAUAAGGAAUAGGGGUGAUAGUGGUUGACUUGUGUGGGCCAGUGAACUCGAGAUAAAGGAAGCCGCGUGACUCGACGAGUGAUCGCUCUCACAAUCUGGUUUGGUGUAACGAAAACGAUAAAAAGAAGGCAUAAAAAAGCACCAUUUACUAAAAGAAAAAACGCGAAAGUUUCAGGGUGAAAUAUUACCUGGUACUAGUGAAGAGUGAGUGUAUGGCUAGGGGUUGCAGAAAUUGAAAAAAAGUGGAGUGCACUCUUGGUCGAUAUUGUAUAUAUGUAUAUAUGAGAAAAGUAGGAAAAGAUUACACCCAAGAGAGGAAGUGCAUGUGAGAUAAGUUGGCCGGAAGUAUCGUGGACGUAGGGAGCAGGACGAAAGGGGGUGGCGGACGAAGAAGGCAAGCUUUUCAACGGAAAGAAGAAUCAAGCGGAGCAGCGUAUUUUUCGCACAGUAGCUGUGCGAUGCGUGAAACUGAAGGGACCCGGAAGUGUCGUGUAUCACGUUCCAAAAGGUAGCACGAUCCUGGAAGAGUUCGCCUCUUCUUCUAGCUUCUUCUCGUAUACAGUAUCGCAGCAACCGCAGUUCUCAAGCGACCAAAUUACAUCAACGCUUCCAGUAAAUCCUUGGGGAACUGGUUGCUCCGAGCCAGUGCAAAGUCGACCAAGGAGAAUAAGUGUCACAGGACUUAAAGGCUACAGACGAGGAGCCGGCUAGAAGAGAGGUCAUUGGAUCUACGGUUUCCUGUCAAGUAUCAUUACCGGUCGGGCGUUGCCGUUAAGAUUCAGCUCCCGGUUUUCAUCAGGCUAAGCGCAAUAAAGCUCUCGCAGAACCGUUUAUCAAGGAACACUCGCUUAACACGAGCUACGGAGUCGGGGAAUAACAUCCAACGUUAAAUCUGACUGGCAGGAUUGUUUUGUGCAUUUUUUAAGAUUAGCACGCAACUGAAUAUCAUAUCGCACAUGAACGCAGUGAGGUGGUCGUACCGUCAGUGAAAAGUCCGGAAAACAACAAACUCGGACGUUCAUAAAAAAUAUGUCGUCGAUCAAUUAUUUUUUCCAUUGACAAGUUCACAGUGUUUUUUUUUAUUACUGCGUCUACAGUGGAAUUUUUGGGAUCGAAAGGUGGCACAAGGGGACGAAAUGAAUCGUAGAAAAGAUCGUAGAAAAUUCCUUCGUCUCAAUCUCUAGUUCUCUACUAAAAGAGGAAGAGAGAAGAAGAGCAAGCGCAAAGUAUUCACCAAGAAGCACAACUUCGUACAAAAGUUUUAUUUAUUCGCAAAGCGUAAAAGUCCGUGAACGUUGUCGAACGAAGCCCAUAUCACGAGGUAAAUAUAAAACAGCACCGAGCACUCUCAUGACAUCCGUACAACACGUACGAUCCGUAGAUCUUUCGUUUUCGGAAACGCAAUACCGAUCCGAAGAAAACGUGUCCAUACAGAUGACAUAAUCCGAGAAAAUUCUUUGGACAUCGGCAUCGGACGAAAAUUGGAAAACUUAGAAAAACGAAAUUCGUUCAACAGACGUAGAACAAACGCACUUGUUUUUGAGCAACGCUUAACCAGAUCGCGCUCUUUCUGCAGUUUAAUCCUGAAAGUGACAGAGGUUAAGUGAAAAAGGAUAGAGACUGAAAAAAUGUGUAAAUAAAUGUAAAUAGAAUAAGCAAAGAGGCAUAGUGAGUGAAGAAGGGGAAACAAAAAUAACGUGAAUUUCGAAAAAUAACAAGAGCGAAAACAUAACUCGCAUCUCGGUGGUAUUUCGAGAACGGAACUCCCUUCAAAACAAACGCACUUCCGGUAUACGCUUCCUACUUUUACCUCCUUCUCUCGUUACUUCUAUCAAGAUAGUCGACUAUUAAAGAAUCUUUUUCAUAGCAUCGUAGAGAUUUAUUUACAAAAAUAUCAAGAAUAGAAACGGAAAAAAACAAUCUUGGUUAUUACUUAAUAUCGGGUAAGAAAAUACGUACGUUACCUAUCCAAUUAAUAGAGAGAGAGAGAGAUACAUAAGAUAAGAUUCUUGUAAAAAACAAAAACGAAAAAUUACCGGAAAUCAAGCAAAGCUCUUUUUCAUUUGGUCGUCAUUGUCGUUUAAAUUAUUGUAGAAUUUGUGGGAAAAAAAAGCAUUAUCGCUAUACAAUCGGUACAAAAAAUAUAAUACAUUAUAAUAUACAUAAUAAAGCAGCGUACAGCAGCAGCAGGUCGGAGCAGUACGGGUAACUAGCUUUUUUAGCCUGGACAAUAAUUAAUUGUCUGAAGGGCGCGUAUCGGUUAGGAUACGCCAUUCAAUCGUGUACAACAGGGUGUUGGAGAAAUACGAGAAGACAAAGAAUAGAAAGGGUUUCAGAUUGGGGUUGAAUUUAUUGAAUAACCUUCAUAAGAAACGUCAAAUCCUCGGUCGGAGGAAGAAUUCUUUUUAUAUACCGAGAACCGUGGUUUUCCAGAUGGUACGUCAUUUUCCCUUCCUCUUCUCGUUCCUUCGUCUUUUUCUCGAUCUGUACCAAUAACGAAGUUUCAUGAAUAAAUAUCCUCUUGAAUUUAUGCACUUUUAGAGAUUCGUUACAAACACAUCACAAAGCAUAAAGUUUGUGAAGCGACUAAUCUCACUUGUAAAAAAAAUAUAAAUAAUACUACUAGAAACAAUAACGGAUAGCGAAGGUCUCAAGCAGGAGUAUAAAAUACGCUGAGCUGCUAUAAACACGCGGAAACGUCGAAACAUUUCCUAAAUAAAACCGAGCAUAUAAAAGUCGGCUUAGUACAAUUCAAGUAAGAGUGCGCAAACGAAAAAGAAAACAAAAAAUUAUUUACGAAACACAAGCCACGUGAGAAAAGGGGACCAAUUUUUGUCCACGACCGCGGAACUGUUAUACCAAAACAGUGCUAUAGUCACAGAUCCAUAGAAAUAAAAAAGCGAAAGAGAGCAAAUCAGUUUGACUCGAGUAAUAGAAAAAAAAAAAAAAAAAAUAGUCAACGAAAAGAAAUACUCCCAUUCGGUGAACAUCUUCUGACCUGUUUUGUGGAACACACCAAUCUUCCGUUCCCUUUUUGUCGCUGCUCCACCACCCGAUUGACCCAAGUGGACGCGAUCCCGUAAAGACUUUGUCUAUCCUCUUUUCCGUCCUUUCGUUUCCGUGACAUCCACGUUAUUUCCGUCAUUUAAGAUCUUACGCUUUUCGAAACAUAACAAGGGGAAUAAAAGGAAAAAAAGUUUGAGAGUAUUAUAUUAUAAGAGGAAGGACGAAAGAAUCUCAUCUAAUCUAUCUUGCGCGCCGUGGUAGCAAUCCAUUUAUCUCCAAGCAUUUAUAUCCAUUUUCCUUCAGCAUUCUUCCCAACUCUUACGCUUAUACCGAUAUACUAGUAUUUAACAUUUAUCUGUAUAUAUAUACAUAAUACGUACCCACUAUAUCGGCGUCUCUUGAUUUUUGGGGCUCGUAUUUGCGAGAAAGCAACAUCAGCGAGGCAUGAAUCAAGGCCUCGCCUAAAGCGUCUUGAGUGAACUAAAAGUAGAGCGAAAUUGUCGAGAAAAGAGACAGAAAGAGUUGCCCUUCCAGCAAACUCAUCUUACUGUGAAAGAACAACGGAAAAGAGUUUCAGCUGAACAGCACCGUCCUCAUCUCACUUAUAAGACUUUCCACUCUAUCGUCUGCGGAAACAAGCUGCGGAGAAGAUCGUUGGAAAAAUAUUGGAAGUCAUAUCGAACAAGUCGAUGGACAAGCAGCUAAUUUAAGAAACGGAUUGGUGAAAAUAAAACGUGUAGAGGACGAAAUUAUAUCGGAUUAUUGAAGGCCGAUUUUGCGAGAAGGUUCGGUUGAGUUGGUAAAUACUCGAAGGGUGCAUAAGAAGACAACUUACGAGGACGCAGGCAAGAUACAAAGAGCGAAGAACAAGGAUCUUACAAUCUGGGUGGUAAAUUAGCGAUCGAGAGAAAAAAAUAAUAAUUUGCAUUCGUGAUCGAUGAACGUGCGAUGACGUCAUCGUGAAUUCGGGCAUGUUGCCUAACCUGGCGAACCCGAGAUGCUCCUUGAGGAACACGAAAGGCCUAGCGAGGUAUUCGACAACAAGGGGCGAAGGAAUAUCAUCAAUCAUCAGCAACGACAAAGCAAACAGUACAACGAGCAACAUUGGAAUAACGAGAAUAACUACCAGCAGCCCCGUAAACAUCGCGACCAAAUCAACGACGAUACAUUCCCUCGUUGGGUCCGUAGUUUCCGUACCUUUUUGCCUUCUUUUUCUCGUGCUUGCCACGGGAGCCCGGUGCGAGCCACCGAUCUUCACGACGACGUUAAUCCCGACGACGCGAACAACCCGUGGCGAAUUAGUGACAAGACGAGAUCCGGUACGAUAGCACGAGCUCGCGUCGAAGGUGCGAGUCGUGCCGAGCUCAAACGGCGUCAUGAACGUCCGCAGAGUCGGUAGUAAUUUGGCGUCGACGAGCAUCUUCGAAGAGAAUAUGAGCGAUUUGACGACGACGAGCUUGAAUACCACAUCGGCAGCAACGCAGCAAUUAUUCAAAGGAGUCAAUAAAAGUAUAAGCAAAACAAGUUCGUACGUUAAAUCAUCGGCUUCGGUAUCAUCAUCGUCGAUUGAUACAACAUCGAUAGUCGCCUCAUCAACGUCACGCUUUCUAUCGGGUUCUUUGAUAACAUCUUCGUCAGCACCGACAUCAUUGUCAUCAUCGUCGUCAUUGCCAUUAUCAUCAUUGGCGUCCGAAAAUUCCUCCUCGUCGCCAUCAUUCUCGUAUCCACACUUGACGUACCCCGUGGAAGAUGCGACACUCGAGCAUCAUCCUUCUUCGCGUCUGACCCUGUCAUCGAUCCCGGAAGUGCCCUCAGGGACAUUGUCAACACAGACAAGCGUUCCUUUCGGUGUCAACGGUGCGGAUACUAUUAAUACGACGAGAAACGACUCGCUCGUGAAGCGCGUUAACAGGGUUAAAGUCUCCGGAUUCGAGUCUGAUGAUACGAGUUUCAGUACGAUAAGCAGUCCGGUAAUACGCUUAGAGGGAGUUGAGGCUGCAGGUAGUAAGAAUAAGGAGAGGCCGCCUUCAUUGAAUCGGAAUUGCGAGGAGGAGGACGAAGGUUUUGCUUCCGGUGACGAGAGCGGCGACGACAGUGAGCCUGAGGACGAUAAUCCAGGUUUGCAUUCAUCGUCCUCUACGAGUCGUAAUAUCGAAGGAGCUGACGAAGAUAGAGUUGCUGGAGGCACUAGCGACCGAAGCCCGGACGACGAUCGAGUCUUCGACUCGACCGCAGACGGUGAAUUGUUGUUUCGGUUCGUUGACACCAUGGAGGAAAUCGAAUUCUUAAAAUUGAACUCUACAUGGUAUAACGAGAAUAGCAGUAUGUACAAUUGGAACUCAAGCAUGUACAACGAUACGUACGUCGUUGUGGCCGAGGGUAUGUAUCCCUCGGGAUACAGUCUACUCCAGAUUAUUCUCGCUUCGAUAGCGGCAACCGUACUCAUGAUCGUCGUCGUGGUCGGUAACAUGCUCGUUAUCAUAGCGAUUGCCACCGAAAAGGCACUCAAAAACAUUCAAAAUUGGUUCAUCGCGAGUCUCGCAGUUGCCGAUUUCUUUCUCGGUCUUGUUAUAAUGCCCUUCUCGCUCGCCAAUGAGAUAAUGGGCUAUUGGAUAUUCGGUUAUUUGUGGUGCGACAUAUACUCGGCAAUGGAUGUUCUACUGUGUACAGCGAGCAUUAUGAAUUUGUGUCUGAUAAGUCUCGAUCGAUUUUGGAGCAUAACCCAAGCGAUUGAUUAUUUGAAGAAGAGAACACCAGCGAGAGCUGCCCUUAUGAUCACUCUGGUCUGGCUCCUCUCAGCACUCGUGUGUAUACCACCUCUACUUGGAUGGAAGCGACCACAACCAGCGGAGGAAUAUCCAAAAUGCAGUUUAUCGGAGGACAUCGGCUACGUGCUGUAUUCAGCCCUCGGCAGUUUUUAUAUACCAUCGUGCAUCAUGGUAUUCGUAUACAUACGAAUAUAUUUUGCGGCGAAAGCCCGUGCGAGACGUGGAAUUCGCAAACAACCAAGGCCAAGACCAGCAGUUCCUCCCGAAUCACCGGACGUACGACAAACGAGCUUCACCCAGAGCACUCCGGCAACAGAUACGAGAAAAACACCUGGAAUGAUGGAGAACGUUGCGACGAUCGAAAGUCAGCCGGUUCAGAUACCAAUUGUCACUUGCGAUUUUGCCAGUGACGUAAGCACAUCGGAGGCUGAUCCUGGAGGCGGAUGUUAUGCUUCUGACGAAAAGGAUACACUAAAGGUGAGCAUGCCGAUACCGAUGCAGAAGACUAGUCUGAAGGCGAGUCUUUCGCCAAACGGUUCCGGCGAUGGUGGUUCGUCAGGUGUGCCAGCACGUUGCAGAGCCCCAAGCGUUGGUAUCGACGUCGACAUGGUCUCAGAGUUCGAUCCAUCCUCGUCCGACAGCGGUGUCGUGUCCAGGUGCGCAGUGGUCAAGCCUCUUAAGCUGAGACUUUGCAGGCCAAUAUUUGGCCGUAAAGCGAUCGGGAAGCUCAAGAGGGAGCACGCGGACCCGGGCAAGCACUCUGCCAAGGAGACGCAGGAGGAUAUAAAGCCAGCGAAGCCUCGGGACCCUGAGCGUGAGAAGAGGCGUUUAGCGCGUAAAAAGGAAAAACGUGCGACUCUCAUACUCGGUCUGAUAAUGGGAAGUUUUAUAGCUUGUUGGUUACCAUUUUUCUUCCUCUAUAUCGUGAAACCGUUGUUCCCAACUCUCGAGAUACCCGUCCAGGCAUUCGCCAUUGCAUUCUGGCUUGGUUACAUGAAUUCCGCCCUAAAUCCCGUUAUCUACACGGUAUUCAACAAGGACUUUCGCCGGGCAUUUCGUCGAAUACUGUACAAGUGAUUCGUGGCAGGAUCAGUUCAGAGUCCAACGAGGACGAGGAAACAGCAGGAUACCCAGAAUCCCAAGCAUCAAAUCAGAAAACGAUGGUAAAGGUCGCGUCGACAAAAAAUACGAUAAACUACGGGCCGCGAAGGUCGAUUCGAAGGUGACCUUUUCAACGCUCAACCGAACCCUAUGAAAGGGUGAGGCGAGUGGGAACCAAUAAGGAACUCGAAAGGAGAGAAAAAAUGGAAUGUUGUUUUUUUUCUUUUACACAAAACGCGGUUCUGUCACAUCGACAAAAGAUCGGGUCGGAAAACUAUCGUCACAGCAGCAUCGAAAAUCUACCUCCCAUUCGGGAGAAACAUCGCCUUUCCGGCGCUUAAUUACCAAUUAGUAUUUAACGAGAAACAGAGUGGAGGAGUGUCGAGAAAAAAAAUAAAAUGAAAAAACUGUUAGACAGAUUUGAAUUAGGUAAUUUCGGACGUGACUGUGCAUUCCGCAGGUGCGCUUCGAGACUCCCUCGACUAUGUUACGUACAUGUAUAUAAAUAUAGUUGACAAUGUAGCAGAAAAAUAAAGAGACGAAAAAGUGGGAGAGGAAAUAAAACGUGGAAAGCCAUUGUAUGUAUGAGCGCGCAUUUUCCCAAACAAAAGCGCCGAAACACCUUUUUUCAACUUUACAACGUGCCACGUCUCUCUCUCUCUCUCUCUCUUCUUUCUUCUUUCUUUACAUCGCCCGUUCUCUCUUACUCUCGCACUUGACCCAGACUCGCAUGGUUGUUGUUAAUAACGACGACGUCGACGACGACGACGACGACGACGAUGAGACACUCGAAAUUUUGGAGGAAAGAAAAUAUUUUGCGUUCUCACAAAACCCCUCGUCGACAUCCUCGUCAAUGACCCGAAUGUCCAAAAGUGCAACACCUCCCCCAACCACCCACCGAAACGUGCACAUAGAGAAUGAGGUGAGUGGCAGAAAAAGAAGAAAAUUUACCGGUCACACUGUUACUUCUCGAGUCCGUGAUAAAAGAAAAGAGUUGCCGGAGCGUUCUGUCCUUGUCUCUUCUCAAGAUUUUUUAAGGAGUGGAGAGAAAGAACGUGAGAGAAAAAUAAAACGAAAUAUCUCGGCCUUCAAAGGUCCCGCACCGAAUUCUAUAGUCGCGUCUCAUAUUUAGACUUUAAACAACCAUCGCAGAAGGCAUCAUAAUUAUCCUCAACAAAAACCACGACGAAAUUAAGCAAUAAUUCUGCUAAAAUUAGAAUAACAAUAAUAAACAUUGACAAACGUGUCUCGGUGCGCGAUCAUUCAUCGCCAGCAACAAAGAGAAUAUUAUUAAAUAUUCAUCAAUUACCAAAUAAUGGAAAAAACCAUUAUUCAACCAGAAAAUUCAAUGUUUUAUUAUUUUUCAUCUAAACAUUGUACUCGUAACUCGAACAUGAAACGACAAUCCACUCUCCGAUCUGAUAAUAUAUUCAGUACAAUAGAAGGGAGAUGAAUAAAGUAAUUUUUAAAAACACAGAAACAUUAUAUAUUAUGGAUUGUAUAUACAUAUACAUAUACAUUAUACGUGCAAUAUGUUUAUGCAAGUAUUAGGAUGGAAGAUAAAUGUGUAUUUACGAUAUUAUUAUAUUUCAUACUAUUUGGUCAUGAAUUCUCGCCGGUUUGGGGCUCAUCAUCGAACAGUAUGCUAUAAUUAUUUCCAAUUAAAUAUUUCCGAUUUUAUUAAAAAUCGAACCUCGCACGACUACCCAAAUUACGGAUUAAAAUAAACGAGAUACGAUGAUUAUAUUGAUAAUCACUGACAAAUAAAUAAUACUUUUUAAACAAUGCUCGAGACUCAAGCAAACGCGCGAAAAUAUGUUUCCUAACGAUAAGAAGUGAAAAAAAACUAAACAGAUUAUAAAAAUGCUUGGGGUUGUGUAUAGAAUCGGUUAUUUCAAUCGAUCGGCAUCGUCUUAUUGGAAAAUCAAGAUAUUCCAAAAAUAUUAUGUAUACAUAUGAUAUUUAUAUAUAUAUAUAUAUGUAUAAAUCAUAAUUUAUGAACAUAUUCAAGGAGAACAAAUGAAAACUUCAAUUGUAUAAAUAAAUAAAUUUUGAAUUAGCACAUUAGCAGUGGCAGAGUCUGAAUCAUGAAUUAUUUGAAUUAGUUUAUCGUGUAGAAGAUUUUAGCAAACGUGUGUCGUGUCGCACAAAAAAACGACGAUUUUCAAAUACGAUUCCAUAGAAUUUCCCAAAUUGACACAACAACGAGCUCGCACGCAGACACAAAAACACAUACAAAUUUAAUGAAAAAACGAUACUCUGCGUCGACGACAAAUAACACGUGAGAGCAUACACGGCAAAUGAGAGCAGUCGCUUCAAUUCGUUGAAGAUAAUCAAGUAAAAUCAGUUUGAUUUUAAAUUUAGGACUAGAAAAAAAAGUGUAACGAAGAAUGAAUUUAUAGUAAAAUUCCAAUCUAUUUCCAAUUAAAAAUCCAGCGCUUUAUAAAACUUCUACGUUGAAUCUGAUUUCGCCAUCCAGAAAUGUGGCAGCGUCUUGACGUUGAGUAUUCGAAAAAUGGAGUCAGGCAAGACUAUAUCUGUACUCGGGAUCUGGCGAUUUUCCGUUCCUUUCAAGCUUGAAGUUUACACCAAGCGAAAACUCUACGAUUUUUCCAAAAAAUACAACUUCCUUGGCACGAUGUGCUCGAGCAUGUUUUUCUCAAUGAGAAAUAGUAGCCACGAAUAUAAGAGCGUGAAAAAUUGAAUGUGCUUUUCUGAAGUAAAAGGAUAAGCACAAUAAUUAUUUUGCGAUUUGAAACGAUCGAUAUAAUGAAUGAGCUUUCAAUUGUAUACCAACGUGAAAAUAUGAUUUUGGAAAAAAACUCUCCGAGUUUAGAUAAAAUAUCUGAUCGGAGGCAAUGUUUACACAGUAAUACGAUGGAAUGUGCAACAACGAUAAAUCGAUAGAAGUUUUGGCUAAUACUCUCGUCUCUUGUGUAUGCGUGCGUAUAUUUGAUCGUGGCAGAGUGAUUCGCGUGAUGUAUUUUCAUGUGCGAAAUAACGGAAAUGAGGAAACGCGCGAAGCCAAUAUGGAAUUCGCUGAUAAGAAAAUGUCGGCUCUAUCUCUAUCUCUCUUCCUCUCGCUUUCUCUCUCUCUCUCUCUCUCUCUCUCUCACACACACACUCCAGAGAUAAUUUACGUUGGAAAAGUAGGGAAAAGAGGCGGAGGAGAAGGAGGGGUUUCGUUGUAUAUAUAAAAAGAGAAAAGAGAGAGAGAGACACCUAUAGGAGUAAAGAUCGAUCCGAAUUUUCGGAAGCUCCGAACUUCCGUGGUUGUAUCCCGGAAAUUGGAGAGUUAACGUAAUGAGAGUGAAAUCGAGAGUGGAGAGAAGGAGGAGAAAAAAGGGAUAACCGCUAAAAGAUAGAUCAAGAUUAAAUUUAGGAACGAUUAUGACGCUGAAUAAAGUUGAAUUAAGGAAAAGCAAUUGAAGAUGAAAACAUCUUAAUCUGGUUUCAUCAACCUUUUAUUUGCAAAAAAAUAAUAUUUUAUUUAGUUACAAAUACGACGAUGAGGGAUUCACGCACAGAGAGAAUUAAGAUUCAAUAAAUUUUAUUACACGUAUUUGAAGGGACCUUCAAAAACAUUUGUAAAUAUACAUCAAAUGAGUGCUUGUAAUUGAUAAUUAAAAUACACAUUUCGUUUUGUGUUGUGACAAAAACAUUGGACGGAAUCGAAAAGGUAUUUUUCCUCUUUUCAUUAUGGUAAAAUUAUGAAUGAUAGGAGAAGGUAUAACACCAGUUUGAAACUAUUUUCACAGGUACCGUUUAGUCGUAACUUAAAGGUGAUGAACCCUAAAGAUCGAACAUUUUAGGGUCAUUAUUAUUGUUCCACUUAUUUAGGCGCGAAAAGUUUUUACUGCAAUACGCGAACGUGACAUACUAUACGAAUCUUAUUAUUUGUCGGAUAUGGUAUCGGCAAUGAUUAGAUUAACACAUCGAGCAGAAAUGAAAAAUCUAACGAUAAUAAUAGUAAGAAAAAAGCCCUCUGUAAAUUCUACUAUAAAUAAAUUUGUAGUUAUAAAAUUAAAUAUUAAUUCUACUUAGUAUGGUAAUGUACCAUAAUUUUUGGACAAAAACAUCAAUAAAUGCAUACCUAUAAGAAAAAUAUUGCUCGGAAUGUGUCUUAGAGAUGCGAGUCACAGUUUUUUCCCCUCUACAUUUUUUCGCAAAAUAAAAUUUCUGUGUGUCACAAAUAUCGGAUUACGCGGAGAGUUAGGAGCGAUAGUAUAGAUGAAACAUUAGUCGACAUUAUAAAUAAUACUAGCGAAUUCAUCAACGCAAUUAUAAUCGUCAGUAUAGCGAUCAUCAGAAUAGAACGUUUUGUGGAACUUCGAUUAAUAACCGGGAAUGUGGAGACUAAUUAAUGAUUCGUCAUUAAAAUUGAUUAUUCCGAUUGGAAAAUAAAAAAAAUGCAAUGAUAAUACUGUUCAAGGGAGCCUGGCUCAUUUUGAGUCGUUGCAUGUAUUUCGCAAAUAAUAAAUUUGAUACAAAAGUAAAUGUUGCGAAUAAAACCCAUAAGAAUGAAUUUUGAAAAUCCCACGUUACACACAUAUACACACGCACAGUCACAGAGAGCAUGGCUAGAGAAGUGGUUAUUAUUAUAUAUUAAUGUACUCGUUAUGUCUAACUACCACGAGAACCGUUUAACUGAUCCGACGUGUGGGCCGAUUGAGAUGAAUCACUCUUUACUUGAUAUCAUGAAAUCAAUUGUUUUCAUGAUCGUAUUUACUACGAGCGGAAUAUAUUCAAUUAUAAUUGAAGUAGUUAUCGGAAAAUAUUUCAAACUGAAAACAUCAUCGAUCAGGGGAGUCACUUAAAUAGAUAAUUUGAUGAAAUAUAAUUUGAUUGGAAUUGAAUAAAUCAAUCUUUCUCGGUGGAACUAUUGAUAAAUGCUUAUUUUUUAUUCGUCGAGAGCGUGCGAGUCGUGCGGGAGCGGUGAAAAAUUUGCAAGCAUUUCGCGCGCGAGGUCGACUUUUCUUACACGUGAGGCAAAAGAAAACCAAUGCACCCCAAAUGGAUCUUUCGCCCGAACGAAGUCCCAGAGAGUAAGGGAGAAUGAAAAAGCGAAUAAAGAGGAAAAAGCUCGGUUGACUUUUCACUGAAUAAAUCAGGUACGCCCGAGGGUGUGCUCCAAGGGAUUCGACGUUAAUCCGCUUUUUGUUUCUUUUACUUUCGCGGUUUCACGUGCAUGCAGCAACCUCGCCUAUAGUUCUUUACCGCACUUCUAUACCACAAAAGAAGUAGGAAAAAAUCGACUUGUGGCGAUUGAAAGAAAAAUUGCGCGCUUCUAGUAACACGAAAUACAGGAGGAAAUGAAGAAGAAAAAACUUGAGCUUUGCUCGUUUGUUUCGAUCAGCAAUGUGAUUAAACGAACGAAUUUCCAUCAGACUUUUGUUAUACCAAUACCGCACAAUACCUAAAUUAAAUUGGUCUCCCCAUUAUGAUAGAAACACAAGCUGAGGACCAAUUAAUUUUCAAAUCCGAUAAUGCCCAAUAUUCAUGCAUGAAAAACAAAGCCAACAAUCCCUCAACAUAAAGCAUCAAUCAUUCACUUUACAAAGAAAAUAUACGAAGGAAAGAAAAAUAUCGCUUUAUCAAUGUUGAAUGCUAAAGUUCGAAGUGCAAAAGCAAUGUUCAAUCAAAGCGCGAAAUGGCUUGGCAAAAAUCGCGUUAACGCUCGAUUAUCGCGUUACAAAUUCUAUCGAUAAUAUUGGAGCAAUGAAAUCACUGUGAUAUCACUAAAACGCUUUCAAGGGGUGUGAUAGUCGACUAAACAAGAAGAAUUCGACGCGCGCGCACGCUUCAAAAGGGAAUCGGGUAUGAAAGGAUAUUCAAAAAAAUCCACAGUCAAGAAUAAUCGUGGACAGAAUAUGUCGAGCUAUGAGGGAAGUCAGACAAGAAGAAAAUCUAUGAUAUUCAUAAUCGAAAAUUAUAAAUUGGAUAUUUAUCCUUAGAAAGAACGAGUAUGCAAUUUCAAAUCAAUAUAUAUGUACAUAAAAAUUCAUCAAUGCACCCAUAUACAUACAAACUUAUAGCAGUAUAUUUGUGUAUUUAUAUAUAUAUAUAUAUACACAUGUUCUGCAACGUAUUACAAAAUUUCAAUGGUAAAUCAAAGAAUGAUUAUCACCAUGAUUAUUAUUAGUAACGACACUUGUAUAUAUUAUACGAUUAUGUGUAUACUAGGAAGAAAAACCAACUAUGUAUACAUGUAUAUACACGUGAAAGAACAUGAUAUAUAUAUAUACAUAUUUAUAUAAACGUGGGUAUCUAUCAGUUAGUACCAUUAUUACAAAUAUUUUAUUAAUAUCAUCACUAUUAUCGUCAUUGAUUCAUUAUAAAAAAAAAAGCAAAUUAUGACUGUCAUUGUUAGCUGUAACAUAUUUUUAAAAAAUUAUACAUAUGAUAUAUAUAUAUAAAUAUUGAAGAACAAAGAAUCAUUAUCAAGUCCUCUUGUCUCGUAGCGUUGGUUGUCUGUUAUAGAGCAUAAAGUCCGGGAGAUUUGAAAAAAAAAAAAAAAUAUUAUAAAAUUUUAAUGAAAUAUCGAGCGUCAUAAAAGAAAACGAAUGAUAUUACUCAAUUUACACAACGUUAUAAAAUAAUAUAAAAUAUAUAUAUAUAUAUAUAUAUAUAUAUAAAUAAACAGUUUUUUGCGACCAGAAAAUAUUUAAUUUUGUAAAUAAUACCGAACUGAAUGGCAUGAGAGAAAUUGUAAAAUGCGUUUCGUAUAAUUCCUAUAAAUUUAUUGCUGAGAAGCUUCUGAGGUCUGCGUGACGGGCUAUGCGUGACCAUGUUCGUAUAAUCGCGUCUACACGAACUCACUCAGAGUUUUGACAAACACGCCGUUCCAUCACGAUCACUGAGCCCGUCUGUCACAUUUUUCAUUAUAAUUAUAAAUAUUAUAGCGAUAUUUUCAAAGGCGGACAAAACGUUACACUUUCCUGAUAAAAUCAAGAUCAUGAAAAAUAACGCCAUCGUUCAUCUCGUCCCUCGUUAAUGGCUUCGAAAAUUCGUGACUGUACUUUCGAGUUAGUUUCGUUGGUGUAAUAGCCUCAUUGACAUUAUCAGCUGUGUCAUACAGCACGAAAAUGAAUUUUUAUUCUCGUCAUUGUGAGCACGUUCAAGUAUUCACGAAUACUUUAUCUUGCUAUCGUACUAUCAACCCCAUAGAAACGAUUUUUAAUAAUUAAAGUCGCAUUUGUUAAAUCUAUUUUUUCUAUUUGCUGUGUUUUUUUUUCUGAUAAAGAAUCGUUGAAUGAGUUUCCUAUAAAUGUGUGACCACCCUCCGAAUUAUUCCACUGCGUGUUUUUCAAUUGCUAUAAAUCACGUUGAGGAAGAAAAAAACUUUUUUUUUUCCUUCCAAUUGGACGUCAUUAACGGUGGUCGGAGAAACGAGUAUCAGGCUCCAGCUAAAUACUUGAUUGGAUAAGUUUAGUUUAUCGAUUCCACCACUGCUGGUACUUUGUGCAGAAAAUGAAUGAAAGAUAGGAAUUUCCUUCGCCAUUGGUUGGGAAAUAAGAGUUAAUCAAAUCUUUGGUACAAUUUCGCGAAUCAAUUUCGUUCUACAAAUGGAUAGAAGUUGUUCGAGCGCAAUCGGCCACAAACAUUAUCAUGUUGCGUUCGAUUUGCCAGUUUAUAUUUCAGUUAUUCCCGGUUGAACGGAGAACCCAAUAUAUUUUCUCGGCGCGUCUUACGGUUUCCAGUGGUUCCUAUCGAGGGUGAAAAAACACACACACACACAUACAGAAUCAAACUAGCAAAGGAUUUUACCUCCGUAGAUGUGAGCUUUCAUUUCGAAGAUUUCAAAUUGAAAAUUUCCAGCAUAUACGUGUAUAAAUAUAAAUAUAGAUAACUGUUGUCCAAUAUAUCUGACAGAAACGCCUCAUUUCCUGUCAAUAAUUUUCCAAUCAUAUAAUACUGGCAAAAAAAUGAUCGCGGAGCAAUCACACAAUGAAAAUAGUUCUGCCUGUACACAUCGGAUAACAUUGAAUGCUCGAACAAUCAGUGCACUCGAAUGUAAUAGCGACCGGAAAUUGUGUAGGAAAAGCGUAGUCAGGUUGACUUUAAAGGGUCACUCAUACGUUUUUUAAAAUCAAAUGUUUCAACCGAACCAACCAAAUGCCAACCAUCAAAAUGGAACGCGCUCAUACAAUUCACAAUACAUUGACACAAAACAUCGCUGCACAAUGAAUCUUAGCCGCGUACAGCUGGAUACAUGAUAUUUGUAAUGUAAAUAUCACUGUUCGCCCAAUGUAAAUUGCCUCGAAUGGAACAUGACAGUAUUCAGCUAAAAAAUACCUUUUAUUAUCUUGUUUUUGUAUUCGAGAAAGAAAUUUCUUCUCGAAAGUAUUUGAACACUUUUGUUUUAAUAAUGCGACGAGUUUAUUUUUUAAAUUCGUUUUUAAAUAAUAUGAUUUACCGUAAUUAGCAACAGUAAUUUUGACCUAUUUUCGUCCGUUUUUGGAAGUUUCUUAUCUUGAUGGAGGUUAUUGGUUUAUCUACGAGGAAAUGAGAAAUUCCUUUUGUGUAAUGCCCGCUCGGGCAUACGGGUCAAUUAAUCUUCGAAUCAGUCACAUCUUGCACACAAUUCAGGCGUAUACGGUAUGCACAUGAAUAAAAAAUAAAAUAACGGCAUAGCCCACGCGCAGGAAUCUUUAUAUGUGAAAUGCUAUGUGGUUUCUGUUUGAGGCUCCCAAUCCUCGGUUUACGUCAAGUUUGAUCUAUAAAAGUCUUCCAUUCCUUCCUCGACAGAAAAGUAUCUACUAAGACUGUCACUCUCGUUUGCACGAUAAAACGAGCUCGAAGGAAUUUACAUAUAAAACCCAAUCACGUUUAUCUCAUUCGUUCGACGGUACGACAUAAAAAUCAUGCCCAGCUUCAAAUGGCUUUGAAACUCAAGGACUUGGAAAAUGUCACAUAUGAGCUUCUACGUUGAAUAUCUUGUACUGACUGCUUGCAAGCGGAGAAACUCAACCACAUUUAAAAUGAACCUUUUCUCCCGACAACCUUUCAAAACUUUAUUAUAAAUUGUAUAAGAGAAAAAACUAUUUCUAUAAAUGUUACUCGUUUCAUAGUUUAUUUCGAAUGCUCCGACACAACAUUUUUCGAAAGCUUUAUUUUUAACUACGAAAUCUUGGUUUUUUAACAGAUACAGUAAAAUAAGACUAGCUUUCCUGCUGAUAAAUGAAGAAUAAUUGAAUAAUCCAGCUCCCCUAAAUAAACAGUUUUUUUCUGGUAUGUCGAAUGAAUUAAUGGUCGUGUAAAGUCACUUUUAGCCAACAGAGCAUCGCUGAUGAACGUUUUGAUAAUUUAUAUUAUUUGUUCGACACACUGCAAAGGCUCUCGUUUGCUUUAUAUUUUUUGUUUUAGACUCUCAAAAACUAUACUGUCAAAAAGGCAGUUUGAACGUUAAAUGAAAAAUAUUAGCCCAUUAUAAAAAUGUUGUUAGUUUAUCACACCCUGUGAAAUAUGCUAAGAGUUGACAUUUCAAAAUUUACACGCCAUCAUCUUCUUGAGUACCGUUCCUCUUGUUCCAAUCUCGAGAGUUCAAGUGUUCACGUUUUAAAGGCUCGUCCCGCGAUCAGUUUCUGUAUCACUGAGCUGGGCACCUCCUUUGCAUAAUGAAGUACUAACAGGGACAACAGAGACAAGAUGUUGAGUAACAGUGUCGAAAAAAGGAAGAGAGAGAGAGAGAAAGUUAUGAAGUGCGAAAGAUAUUGAUACAAGAAGCGACAAAAACAUUGAUAAGCCGAGGAAAAUAAAGAAACACUGGUGUUUCUUUGUAAGUCGUUGAAAGCUGUAAUAAUCCCGUUGUCGUCAAUAUUAGCAGAAUAAAAGUAGUGCAAAUCACCGAGAAAAAAGAUUCACUCGAUUUCCAAUCCUAUGAAACGAUCAUUUAUGUAAAUGAAUUCCUUGAAACGGUAACGAUGUUCGGUUAAAAUUUCAAUAAGCUUUAUGGAAAUCGUGAAAAUUCGGUUUGUUUUUUCUCGGCCUCAAAGGAUUGUUGAAAAGAAAGAGCCACGAAAAACUUAACACUCUAUACACCGCCUACACACUUUCACACGAUACAGACAUUCAUAGUGGGAGAAAACAAAAUAAUUAAAAAAAAAAAAAAAAAGGAAAUGCACACACGCAUUCUUUUGACGAGUUUCUUAGCACGUAGGAUCGCAAUAGCGAUAAUAAUUUUGUAUAAAGAUGGUUAAUAGGACAUUAACAAAAUGAUGCGUCGACGUUCUCAAUGGUCCACUGUUCGAUAAAACCGAAAGCAGAGGAUCAUACGUAUUUGAACGAUACUAAAAUAACUUACGAAAUGAAGAGUCAACAAAUUUUAUUGUAGUCAUUAUCUCUAUUUAUGAUUAUAUUCUCAACAUGACUAUUACUGUUGUUAUUACAAAAACCGACCAACGAGAGAUGCGACGUACAGAAUCGUAGGUGUAAGAAAUAGCAGAACGCUCGAGAGGUAAGGGAUACUUCAUGCGCUUACUUGAAAUGACUGUUGUUAUUAUAAUUAUUAUUAUUACUAUAAAUAUUGUUUAUUAUUUCUAUUAUUAUCGUUAUUAUUCCUACAAUUAUUCAAGUACACGAAGGGUCACAAACUGACAAGAUAACGCGAUGUCUAAAAAUAAAAAUAAAACGUCACACGAAACAAAACCGACACGAUAAAUUUUUCUUCAUUCGAAUAAAUCAUACGACGACUAAAGAUGGUGUACCGAGUGCCCGAAAUAAAUGAUUGCGCCGAGUUCUCUCCCUUGACACAUUCACAAGUGAGAGAUUUGAGAGAGAAGGAAAUAAAGGAAAAUAUUGAAAUAAAUAUUAUGGGCGUAUGAGCAUGAACGAGAUUACGUUGUGAGAGAGAGUUUUGGUUUAAGCGACAACGACGAUAUGGAAUAUAUAACAAACGAGUACUACGUUGUAUUCAGUAAUUGAACAAAACCGAAAAAAAACCAAAAACUAUCAAUACUUACGACUUUGUUUUAUAAAAAGUAAAAACAAAAAUCCAAGAGUA